AUGCCUGAAAAAGUGCUUGAUUUAUUCGAUGAAAUCACAAUCGAACCUAACAAGUAUACUCUCACUGUUUUAUUUAAUGCCUGUGCUGAACUUGCUAAUGAUCGAGCAAUGAAAAUAGGAAAAAAACUUCUUAAUGAAAUGCCUCGAAAUUUUCAAAAUGAUGAUAUUCUAUUAACUUCAGCCGUUCAUAUGUUAAUAAAAUUUGGUGAUAUUCAAAAUGCUGAAAACAUUUUUCAAUUAAUUAAAAAAAAAAAUAUUAUUACUUAUGGUGCUUUGAUGAGAGGAUAUGUCCAAAAUCAAAUGCCAGAAAAAACUUUAGAUUUAUUUGAACAAAUUCAAUUAGACUUAAAUAAUUUUGCUUAUGCUACUGUUUUUAAUGCCUGUGGUGAACUUGCUAAUGAUCGAGCAAUGAAAAUAGGAAAAGCACUUCUGGAUAAAAUUCCUCAAAAUUUUCGAAAUGAUAAUAUUCUAUUAACUUCAGUAAUACAUAUGUUAAUGAAAUUUGGUGAUAUUGAAAGUGCUCAAAGGCUUUUUCAAUCAAUUCAAAAAAAAGAUAUUGUUACUUAUGGUACUAUGAUGAAGGGAUAUGUCAGAAAUCAAAUGCCUGAAAAAGCAUUGGAUUUAUUUGAACAAAUUCAAUUAGACUUAAAUAAUGUUAUUUAUAUUAUUGUUUUUAAUGCCUGUGGUGAACUUGCUAAUGAUCGAGCAAUGAAAAUAGGGGAAAAGCUUCUUAAUGAAAUGCCCAAAAAUCUUCGAAAUGAUAAUGCUGUAUUAAAUUCAGCAAUACAAAUGUUAAUGAAAUUUGGUGAUAUUGAAAGUGCUCAAAACCUUUUUCAAUCAAUUCAAAAAAAAGAUAUUGUUACUUAUGGUACUAUGAUGAAUGGAUAUGUCAAAAAUCAAAUGCCUGAAAAAGCAUUGGAUUUAUUUGAACAAAUUCAAUUAGACUUAAAUAAUGUUGUUUAUAUUAUUGUUUUUAAUGCCUGUGCUGAACUUGCCAAUGAUCGAGCAAUGAAAAUAGGAAAAGCACUUCUGAUUAAUAUUUCUCAAAAUUUUCGAAAUGAUAAUGUUCUAUUGAAUUCAGCAAUACAUAUGUUAAUGAAAUUUGGUGAUAUUGAAAGUGCUCAAAAACUUUUUCAAUCAAUUAAAAAAAAAGAUAUUGUUACUUAUGGUACUAUGAUGAAUGGAUAUGUCGAACACGAAAUGUCUGAAAAAGCUUUGGAUUUAUUUGAACAAAUUGAAUUAAAUCUAAAUAGUUUUGCUUAUACUACUGUUUUUAAGGUCUGUGCUGAACUGGCUAAUGAUCGUGCAAUGAAAAUAGGAAAAGUACUUCUGGAUAGAAUUCCUCAAAAAUUUCGACAUGACAAUAUUGUGUUGAAUUCAGCGAUGCAUAUGUUAAUGAAGUUUGGUGAUAUUGAAAGUGCGGAAAACGUUUUUCAAUCAAUCAAAAAGAAAGAUACUAGUACUUUUGGUGCUUUAAUGAAUGGUUACAAUAUGAAUGGUUUAUCAAGGAAAUGCUUUAAAAUCUUGGAAGAAAUGAUCAAAGAAAAUAUUUUCCCCGAUGAGAUCAUAUGGAAUAUAGUUAUCGGUGCAUGUUCAAAAAUUCGUUUACUUCGUCGUAGCCAAUAUAUUAUUAAUAAGAUUCCUUUUGAAAUUCAGAGUAAAAAACAAAUAAAAAAUUCGUUAAUUCAUAUGUGGGGUAAAUGUGCUUCAAUUGAAAAAGCACAAAAUGUAUUUGAAUCAAUUGUUGAUCGUGAUACAAUAACAUAUACUGCCAUGAUUAAUGCAUUUGGUCUCCAUGGAAUGGGUUCUGAAGCUAUUCAAUUAUAUAGAAAAAUGCCGAAUAAUCUACAUGAUGAAAUUUCACAUAUUUGUGUUUUAAAUGCAUGUUCUCAUUCGGGUCUUCUUCAAGAAGCUUGGAGUAUUUUUAAUGACAUUCCUUUAAAAACAGAGAGAAUUUAUACUACUAUGAUUGAUUGUUUAAGUCGUUUAUUUCUAUUUGAUGAAGCACAAAAUUUAAUCAAUGAAUACGAAAAAACAAAUGAACCAAGUUUAGUCAUGUAUAUAUCGUUAUUAUCCGGUGCACGUAAUAAUCGAAAUCGUAAUUUAUCUGAGAUGAUAUAUAAUCGAAUCAAAUUUUUGUUUCCUAAUGAAAAAGACCAUCUUAUGUCAGGAGCAAUUCUUCUUUCAAAUAUAUAUUCUUCAGUGGGACAACAUGAACUAGCAAGAACUUUUCGAUAUAAUCAAAUAAAAGAAUUAGAAACGAAUGUCAAACUAGGAUUAACAUGGACGGAAGAAUUCACAGCUCAUGAUUAUUCUCAUCCAAAAUCAUCAGAAAUUUACUCUGAACUUCAACGUUUCACAUCCGAAGCAAUUGCACAUGGUUAUGAAUAUGAUUCUUCAUGGGUAACUCGUCAAUUGAAAGAAGAAGAAACAAAUUUAUCUGUUCUAUGUGGUCACAGUGAAAGAAUCGCAAUUGCUUAUAAUUUUGUUGAAGAACCAGAUACAAAAUUUAUUCAAGUAACUAAAAAUCUUCGUAUAUGUGGUGAUUGUCGUAAGUUAACUUUCUUUUCAUUCCUAUCAUUCUCAAUAGUGUAUGAUUUUCUUUUUUAUAUAAGAUCAAAUGACAAAAAUGAUAACAAAAAUUCGACAAUGCCAUAUUAUUGUUAGUGAUGCUAAUCGCAUACAUCAUUUCCAUCCAAAUGGACAAUGUUCUUGUCAGGACCAUUUUUGAACAUUUUCUAAUAAAUUUAUUCUAUAGAGAAAUGUUCUUGUUUGAAAUUGUUGAUCUUUUUCUAGUAGAUUUUAUUGAUUAAUAAAAAACAAAACUUAUUAUUUAACGCUUGGUUGUUCAAAUAGAAAAUUCUUUUCUUUCUGAAAUUCAAUAAUUUGUGCGAACUAAGAUGUUUUUGAAAUUCGAUAUUGAAUGCAUAGAAUUUCGUAUAGAACGAUAAAAUUACGGUUUUCUCUAUUCUCUUACUCGUAGAGAAGAGUCUUGCGAACAUAAUUGUUUGCUUGCUUGCUUGUAUGUCCGCACUUCAGUGAUUGGUCCAAAACAAAGUGAAGAUAAAAGGGAUUAUUUUCCAUAAAACUAGACCAAUGGGUAAUCGGACGUGAGCAGUUCGAAUCUGAGGUUAGUUUUAACUAAUUAUUAACUAAUCAUUAAUUAUUAAUUAAUUAAUAAUUGACAUUUUUAAUAAAACUUGUCCAAAGAGUAAUCGAGGGUGAGUAGGUCGAAUCUGAGGUUAGUUUCAGCGAAUUAUUCAUUCACUAAUGAGAAUUAUUCAUAUACUUCUAUAAGACUUGUCCAUAGUUGGUCAGGGAUUAUAAAUCCAUAUCUGAGGAGUAUUUUAAUUGGUUAAUAAUUGAUCGAUAAUCAAUUGAUUCUUAUUAGCAAUGUUUUUUUCAAAAAAUUGGCUAAAGGGAAGGGACGAGGCUACUCAAUACGGAUCAGCGAUUGAUUUUAAUUAAUAACGUGUUAUUGAUGAAUUAUUAGUUCUUUGUGUUUUCGAUAGAACUUGAUCGAAGGUAAUUGAGAAUGGGUAAUCCAAAUCUGGAAUCUGCUUUGAAUUAUUAAUCAUAAACAUUUUUUACGACACUUCAAAGGGAAAAAUUGUGAUCAGUACUGGCAUCCAAAGUCUCUUGGUUUUUUACUAAGAACUACUAUUAUUCGUGUUUUUUCUGGCGAAAUUCACCAAAGAAUUUUUGAAAGAAAACAUAAGGAUGUAGAGAAGUUUGUAUUAAUAAGUUAGCAAUGCUAAGGAGUAGUAAAAUGCAUUAAUGUCAGCAUAAUUUAUAGAAAAACUUCGCUUGAGAAAAUUUUGAAAGAUGAAUUUCAAUCUGGAGCUAGCUACUAUUAUUUAUGUUUAUUAGGGAAAAUUUUGAGAAGCGUCCAUAAAUGGCACUUCUAGGAGAAAGAGCUGAGCGAGUCCAUUGACGAGCGUUACUUGUGUAUCUACGAUAUUUUAAAUAGUACUCUUGAUGAGAAAAUUUGGAUUCCAAAAUUGAAGAUAUAAUUUGUAUAGUACGGAAGAGCUUUUUUCAAAGCAAUAACAAUUUUCAUAAAAUAUUUCUUGUUAUUGUCGACUAUAGAAUUGAACUGUAAACAAGAUUAUAUGACUUUCAAAUGAAACUGCUACAAGAUUUUGAAUACGAAAAGACAAAAUUGAUAUGAAUUUACAGUGGAAAAAAUGAUCUUCAAUGUUUGUUGUAACAAAUGUUUUUAUUGAAAUUUUAAUCUGAAAUUUUGUAUUUUCAUUAACAAAUCUGGAAUUAUAUGGACAAUCAUUGGAGCUUCUAUUAAGGAAGAGUGAAAUAACAUAUUCGGAUAAUUCCAAAAUGUUCUCUUUCAGCAACCUUUAUAGAUUAAAUGUUUCUUUUUUUAUUGUUCUAGUCCUAAGUAUUUUGAAUAUAAGUGCAAAAUUUAUAUAAUAUUCUUUCUAUGUGUCUUGUUGAGAAACGAUCGUGUCGGAUAAGAUGAUCUAUCCAAAAUUGAGAAACCAAAUACACUAUCUUGUAGAGAGUUUCAAGGCGCAUCUAAUGGUAUAUAAUAAGUCUAUUCUCUAAAAUGUUUAGGAAGAGUUAUAAUCAAUUUACUAACGGAGGGGUAGGAUCCAAAAUGGUGACAAAUAGCUCAUCAGUAUAGUCCCUAUAAGUUAGUCGAAGGAUAUUGUAACAAAUGUUCCUUAUAUAUGGUUAUAUAGCGUUUUGACGGGCUACAAGUUUACAUAUCUAACAUCUUUAACCACAUAAUAUUCAGAAGAGAAAAACGAUGGUUUCUUAUCAACUUCACACUUUUUUUGAUCAAAAUUGAUAGUUAUAGGUUCACUGUGAUGAAUGGUGUUACUCUCAGGAGAAGUACCCAUGGAUCAAACUUUGUCAGAAACUGCGCCUUAAAUAGAGCUACAAAAUGCAUUGUUUAGUGAUUCUUCAACAUUUGCGCUAGAGUCCUAAAACUGCCUUGUAUUGGGAAAUUGUAACCAAUUUUUGCAUUAAUUUUCCUCUUUUGAGACUGUAUUUCGAUAUUUUGACUAUCAAAAGUGCAUUCUCAUUCAAAAUAAAUAUGAUAUUCGGAAUUAGCAUGAAAAAGUGCAUUGAAUAGUUUAUCUUUUAACUAAAUAGAGCAAAUGUCCCUAAUUACGACAGCAAAAAAUUGCUCUAUCUUGUUUGAGUUCGUUCACAACUAUUUUACAUGAGAAUGAAAAUAUUUUUAUAUAUCGAUGAUCCCUGGAUUGUCCUCUUUCGAAUGAUGUAUAAAUGAGUUUUCUCCUCCAAUUUUUUACCGAGAUAUCAGCGGUAUACGAUCGAGGACUCAAUCUGUCGUUAUUAGGAGCCCUGUCCCUAAUUUCGACAGCAAGCCAUUUUUGGU